AUGGCGGCCACAGAUUUCCCGUUCACGUUACUUGCGAUGCGGCAGGAAGAGGCAGUAUUCCACCGCGCCUUGAAGCAUGCCUACGCUGCCCGGAACAUCGUGCCUCCUCGUCGCAAUCGCCAGUUCUAUAUCAACCGCAAGCGGGUUCAACCGUAUUGGCUGUUCUUCAACGUUUUCGAUCGUGGAGGCUUCAACUACAUCUCGCUCGACAAGAUCAACUGGUAUACUGUCUCAAAGUUCUCCAGAAUCACUGAUACGCAGGCUACGACCUUCUCCUGGAACGCCGUUGGAGCACGCGGUGUUGGCUGCGGGCUUUACAUACCCACUGCCCGGGACAGCAGCCAAGGACAAGGACGAGGACAAGCGCAGUUGCUUGCUCCGCUUCAAACAUUUGCCCACGGACUACAACCCGUGCCCUCGCACAGCCAAUCCUAUACUUACGGACUCCCUGAAAACUACAUCAACUCAUCCAGCUCCCCUUUCUUCUCUUCUUCUUCUUCCUCACCCUCCAAAUUCUCCUCAACAUAUUCCCCUAUACCCUCUUACGGUAGUUCUAAUAGCUCCAAUCCCACUACCGCUACCGCUUCCACCAAUAUGUCUGCAGCCGCUACUCCCGCAAUGAUGGACACCAUGACCCCCAUGCAGACAAUAAUGGUCGACACCCCCGCGAACCAGCGCGGAAUUUAUGCGCCAUCUGCUCAACAACCACCUCCUCUACCCGUAGAACCCCUUCUGAGAUCGAUGAUCCCUGAUACAGUUCCUAAAAUCUACAGCCAGUGCCUUCGAUCCCUAGAGGUUGGCUCCGACGGUGAUAGGGACUUCGCGCUUCAUCACCUUGUGGUUAUCUCAGACGAACGUGGAGACAAAUUCAAAUUUGAGGACUUUGGUGGUCUUGCAGAAUAUCUGACUGAUCUAGUCAUGAAGAUCACUCGCCUCAUCUCCGGUGUGGCCUGGUUCGUUGAUUAUGACGGACGCAGAGAAAUACCAUAUGGGUGUCUGGCCGUAUCUGGCACUGAACAAGAUCCUCAUAUUGCUGAGAGAGUUGCCAGCCUUCCGGUCAUUUUACAUGGUGACGAUCAUGUGGAAGACGCUGAAUCUGCCCGUACACUCAGAUGGAUCACGGAAGCCGCCCUGGUUCUACGGAAUAUGUCUAUGUUAGAGGCAAACGCCCGUUAUCUUUCAGAAAUGCCUAUUUUCAAAAAUUGCCUGCUCAUUGUGCUGAGCUCCCCUCGUCAGCCGCGUUUCAACGAAGCCCUAAACCAUAUGUUGGACACAUUGGAGCAAGUCUGUCCAUACUGGGAAACUGAUGAGAAUGACCCGCUCUUGCCUCUGCUACUUCCCUUCGUGGAUUCGAAUGAUAGAUACCACGUCGUGACUGCUCUGAAGAUCAUAGUACUGUAUUCGAUGGAGCUGACUACAUUCAAACGUCUUGGAGGCCUCCCAGGGGACAAGCUCCUGGUGCUUUUCAACUACUCCUAUCUUGAGCAGGACAAGGAGCUGCUUUCAAUGACUCUUGACUUCUUCUACCAAUACACAGCGACUCCGGAAAAUAUCAAUGAAUUCAUCUAUUCCGAGUGGCUUCACCACAUGGUUCCUCGCAUGGUCAGUCUUCUCCUAAUUGACUCUAAUGAUCAUGUGAAUGAGAUAGUGGAUCAGGAAGAGCACAAGGCACCCCCAACUGCCAGCAUUCCACCUGUGCCACAGGAACUGAAGGCGUUACUCCUGCACAUCCCUGAACCAGAACGUUGCGCUCGUUGGCUUAGUUGCCUCUUCAUUGAGGAUGCGGAGUGUGAAAUCACUCAACUUGCCCUCUGGAAAGCUUAUCAGGACUGCUUCGCGGCAGACCGUUCCUCAGGAGGCAUACCCACCCUGGCGGCAGCUGACUUUAUCAAUGCCGUGAGUGCCACCUUCUCUUCAGCCCAGGCACAGGUUGUCCCCGGUCCAAGUGCUAGAUUCAUCAUCAAAGGCAUCCGGCCCCUCGAGGCCGCUUACCACCCCAAUGGGUAUCCAUAUUUCGCUUGUCGAUGGUCUGAUCCCAGUCCUAUAUGCAAAAUUGGUUUUACUGAUCCUGCACAACUUCAUGAGCAUGUUAUCCGUGACCACCUACAUCUUGGCCCGGAAGACGCAGAAGACCAGCCGAGAAAUUGCGGCUGGGAGUCUUGCAAAACGCAUCGUAAACCCUCCACCAUCAAUGUCAAUGAACUUGUCAACCACGUUUAUACCCACCUUCCAGCUCUGAAGGACAUGGCUCUACCCCCCGCACCGCCUCCUGGGCGCGAGAUCAUCCAGCCUAGAAUUUCCCGGACAUUCGACUACUAUCCAACUCCCGUUGAUGAGAAUGGAGAGCCCAUCGGAAUUGCGUACAAAGCAGUUCUUAUUCUGCGCAAUAUAAUUCGCAAUCUGCCCCAUGGAAAUGCGGGCCCGUCCUAUGGUUUCAAAUCGUGGAACUAUGUUUUUUUCUUCGCUUAUAGGAACAAGCUCAUCGAAAUUGCCGAUUACAAUCCGACUCUCCGCAGUGAUAUUUUCGACCUUGUCGGUGAGAUUGAAUCUUCCUGA